AGGCAACAUGAGCAUCGUCCGGGCGACCGGAGGUCACUGACUGGAAAGAGCGGAGGCAGGGACCUGGAACUGGGGAUCAGCGGGCCAGGGAGUGCCCCUACAGCAGCCCUGCGGUCUGGACUUGACUGCGGGACAUCCACUGGAACAGACUUGAUCAAAAUGUCUGUCAGCGUCCACGAGAACCGCAAGUCCAGGACGAGCACAGACUCAAUGAACAUCACCCUUUUCCACAAACCUUCCCACCCAGAUUGUGUCUUGUCCCACCUCAACACCCUGCGUAAACACCGUAUGUUCACAGACGUCACCCUCUGGGCUGGGGAGCGCUCGUUCCCCUGCCACCGUGCCGUGUUGGCUGCCUCUAGUUGCUAUUUUGAGGCCAUGUUCAGCCAUGGUCUACGGGAAAGUCUGGAUGACGCAGUCAACUUUCAUGAUAGCCUCCAUCCAGAAGUGCUUGAGCUGCUGCUGGACUUUGCCUAUUCCUCCCGGAUCAUCAUCAAUGAGGAAAAUGCUGAGUCCCUACUGGAGGCGGGGGACAUGCUCCAGUUCCAUGAUGUGCGAGAUGCCGCAGCUGAGUUCUUGGAAAAGAACCUCUUCCCCUCCAACUGCCUGGGCAUGAUGCUCCUCUCAGAUGCCCACCAGUGCCGCCGCCUUUAUGAGCUCUCCUGGCGCAUGUGCCUGGUACAUUUUGAGACAGUGCAGCAGAGCGAAGACUUCAAAAACCUCUCCAAGGACACCCUGUUGGACCUGAUCUCCAGCGAUGAGCUUGAGACAGAGGAUGAACGAGUAGUCUUUGAAGCCAUUAUUCAGUGGGUGAAACAUGACUUGGAUGAGAGAAAGGUGUACCUUCCAGAGCUUCUACGCAGUGUACGGCUGGCCCUGCUGCCCUCUGAAAUCCUGAAGGAGGCGAUCGCCUGUGAGGACCUCAUUUUGGCGGAUGAGCGCAACAAGCUUAUCAUGGACGAGGCUCUCCACUGCAAGAAGAAGAUUCUACAGAAUGAUGGCGUGGUUACCAGCCCCUGUGCCCGGCCCCGAAAGGCAGGCCAUACCCUUCUGAUCCUCGGAGGACAGACCUUCAUGUGUGACAAGAUCUACCAGGUGGACCACAAAGCAAAGGAAAUCAUCCCCAAGGCAGACCUGCCCAGCCCACGGAAGGAGUUCAGUGCCUGCGCCAUUGGCUGUAAGGUCUAUGUGACAGGUGGGAGGGGCUCUGAGAAUGGUGUCUCCAAGGAUGUCUGGGUGUAUGAUACUGUCCAUGAAGAGUGGUCCAAGGCUGCUCCUAUGCUGAUUGCCCGCUUUGGUCAUGGCUCAGCUGAGCUGGAAAAUUGUCUCUAUGUGGUAGGGGGACACACUGCAGUGGCUGGGGUUUUCCCAGCCUCCCCCUCUGUUUCCUUGAAGCAAGUAGAGAAAUAUGACCCUGGAGCCAACAAGUGGAAGAUGGUGGCUCCUUUAAGGGAUGGAGUCAGCAAUGCUGCAGUGGUGAGCGCCAAGCUUAAGCUCUUUGUCUUCGGCGGAACGAGUAUUCACCGGGACAUGGUGUCCAAAGUCCAGUGCUAUGACCCUGCAGACAACCGAUGGACCAUCAAAGCAGAAUGUCCUCAGCCAUGGCGCUAUACAGCAGCCGCUGUCCUGGGCAGCCAGAUCUUUAUCAUGGGGGGUGACACAGAAUUCACGGCUGCUUCCGCCUACCGCUUUGACUGCGAGACCAACCAGUGGACGCGGAUUGGGGACAUGACAGCCAAACGCAUGUCAUGCCAUGCCUUGGCUUCAGGGAACAAGCUCUAUGUGGUAGGUGGGUACUUUGGUACCCAGCGGUGUAAGACAUUAGAUUGCUAUGACCCUACCUCAGACACAUGGACCUGCAUCACCACAGUACCUUACUCCCUCAUCCCCACAGCCUUUGUCAGCACGUGGAAGCACUUGCCUGCAUGAGAAGCCCUUAGGACAGCAACUUCACCCCCAGGAACUCAGACAGAUGCUGUCAUCAUGCUUAGCCCCAUCUCUUGGCUGCGACCUGCACCAUGAUGGAGGUUACCGGGCCCUGUGUCUCUCAGGGAGCCUUAGUACAACUCCUCACGCUUUCCCCGUCUGAAUUCUCCAGCACCCGGAAGACUGAAUUGGAAUGCUCAAGAGCAGUACCCAGCAUGGGGAGGAAAUAGUGGCAUGCUGCUCUUCUGCCCACAGGAUAAUUAAUGCCUCUGGAGUUUUGAACAAGAAAGGAGAAUCUGCUUUCACAGAGACCUGUUGGGACCAAAGACCCUUUCAGCUGCAUUGUUGAGGGGAGAUGAAGGCCAAGGGAGAGCGUUAGGGGGUGGUGGUAUUUCAUAUAUGGCAAAGAACUACAUACUUGCUUGUCUGUUUCACACAACAUGCCUGCCCCCACUAACCCUUUGAGGAUGGUGGGGAAAGAGGCAGCAACAUCCUUGGUAGAGGGACAGGAGUGAGUCAGGUGAGCCAAAAGAGGACGGGGAACUGUGGAGAGUCUAUGGCCUCCAGUGCUUUGCACUGAGGUUUGCUGUUUCCUUCUGAGCCUGAAUUGACAGCACAGACUAGUAUUAGCCCCCGAAGCUGCUAAAUCAGGAAUGUUAUAAAGCCUCAUUUCAAAGUUUAUAACUUGGAUGAUGUGUUUCAGAUGCGACACACAUUGGGUCACCCAGGAAGGGGGCGGUGAUGGGGAGGGAGCUUCUGAAUGCUCAGUGUUCAGGGAGUUCUGGCUCUGUCAGGCUCCCAAGAGCUGAUGGGGCAUCAUGACUGAAAGAAGACAAGGGCCCAAUGCAGACAGGCUGUGUGAAGAGAACCAUUUAGUGCUGAUUCUGUGACCAAGGAGGCAGCUAAGCUUGUUGAAAAUGCCAGCCUUAGGAUGGUAUUGUCCCAAGCCCAAGAGUAGACACCUCCCAAAUCUCCCUUCAAGCCACCUCGUCCCCUCUCCCCAAAGUCCCCCAGUGGGGCUCUGCCACAGUGGCUCUGAGACGGAGAUGGGCCUUAGUGCUAACAUGUGAAGGUGAGCCUCCCUGCCCUAUUUGCUGUCUGAUUCCCACUCCCUCCCACAUGCCCAGGAAAGAGGCAAAUAAAGGGAAUACUAGAAGGAAUUGCCAGGCCUCCUAAGUCAUUGAUGUCCUCACUCCAGGCCCUCACUUCUGGCAAGCACCACCAUCUGACACUUCCUUAGAUGUUGGUUCCAGCUCAUGUCACUGUUUAACAAAUCUGUUUUUAAUGAUGUUGAAGCUUGUCCAGACCCAGUGGCACUGAUCUAAGGGAGAAGAAUAGUUCAUUUUUGCGAGGGGCUCAGGAGCACACUGAAUCCUAUUGCAUCCCCAAAUUGCAGCCAUGUAGUGGGACCAUUGAGGGAACUAUGCCUGGCUUGUUAACUAUCUGCCAAUGUGAUGCUGACUCCAUUAGUCUGGCCCAAAAUGACAAUGCAGUAACUUUCGAGAACACUGCCUUUAUUCCCCUGGCCCUCCUGCCAGCCUCAUCUGGUAGUUUCUCUCUUUGCAAAGUAGGAAUGCUAGUCAGGAUUGCCUAGCCAUCGAGUUUGAGUUUCUGCCUCUUACUGGGUGAACAGCAGGUUAGGUAAAUCAUUGGUUUCUUAUGCUAUAGGGCUUUCCUGGGUUCCAAGACAUUCUCCAUCACCCACUUAGCACCUCUAUGAGUCCAUGAAUUUAAAUUCUGAGGAAUUAUCUUGCCAAAGAUCCAGUGGGCCACUCCACAAUCCCACAGGAAAUGGUGGAACCUGCACUGUGUGUUACGUAAUAGAGAAGGGUCUUUAAACAAUAUCCUGUAGGGGUCAGACCCUAUUCUGGCCUGAGGUGGAAAGGUCACCUGGAAGAACACUUGCAAGAUGUUAAUGACUUACUGCCCAUGGCUCUUGAGAGGGAUAGGUUGGUUUGAGUCUGCAUCCAUGGUUCCCUUUGACUUCAUUAUUGCUGGUUAGCUGAGAAGAGCACAUAGACCUUCACACACAGCCUUCAUAUGCACAAAAGACAUUUCUGUUGGUUUACUGAAAAUUGUGUAGCUUUUACCCAGUUUUCUAACAAUAAAAGGUUGUAGGAAA